AUGGAUGAAAGAAUUUUUAUAGAAUAUGAACAUCAAAAGCGUAAACAACGACGUGCUUCAUUAUGUCGUAAUAUGUUUAUUUAUUAUUUACAUUUUCUGAUUGAUCAAUCUAUUAAUAUUUAUCCACGCACCAUAUGGUCAUACUCGAAAAGUGGCUAUUGGUGGUCGAACAUUAUACCAAUGAUGAAUGACAAACAAUUUAAGAAUAAUUUUCGUAUUCAACGCUCAACAUUUAAAGAAAUACUCCAUCAAGUUGGUCCAUACUUGAAAAAAAAAGACACAGUUUUACGUCCAGCUAUUCCAGUUGAUAAACGUCUAGCUUGUGCUCUUUAUUUACUUGGCUCAACAUGUGAACUCAGAACUGUAGCUCAUCUGUUCGGAAUCGGAAAAUCUACAGCUGCUCAGCUUUUACAUGAUUUUUGUGAAGUUCUUGUUAAUUUAUUUUUUCAUCGUUUAAUUAAAUUUCCAGUUAAUG